AUGUCUUCCUUCGAGAAGGUCGUCAAGAACGCCUGCAAGCCCAAGCACGCCCCACCCAAGGCCAAGUACCUCGACCCCAUCAUCGCAGCUACCUGGUCGGACGAUGGGGCCAUUCACGACGUCUGCAGGGCUCUCGCCCCUCGCUUCCGCGAGCCGAACGCCACGGUCGUAUUCAAGGCGCUCCUGGUUCUGCAUACUAUGAUCCGCAAUGGCGCGACGGACAAAGUCCUAGCAUAUCUCUCGUCUUCGGACGUACUACGCCUCAGGAAUGUUGGCUCUGGCCAGUGGGACGGUUACAAAGCGCCUGAGAAUCUGCAAGCUUACGCCGUAUAUCUGGACGCCCGUAUUCGCGCGUACAAGGACAUCAAGCACGAUGCUAUUCGCGUGCAGUCCGAAUCCAACCGUGAUGCGCGCCUUUCACACUCGCUCGAAGAAGACGGGCACCGUGGAUCUUCUCGCAACAAGAGGGAACCUGCGCCCGCACCGGAACCGCAGGGGCUCGGGAGGAGUAAGACUGUCAUGGGCCGCAAGUUGCGCGUCAUGACAGUCGAGAAGGGACUGCUCAGGGAAACCCGCGUCGUGCAGAAGAUGAUCGACGCGUUGGUCGCCUGUCAAUUUUACCGUGACGAUCUGGAAGAUGAACUCAAUAUUACGGCGCUCCGAAUGCUCGUCAAAGACCUCCUGAUCCUCUUCCAGGCCGGCAACGAGGGCGUGAUCAACGUGCUCGAGCACUACUUUGAGAUGUCCCACGUCGACGCGGAACAGGCACUUGCAAUUUACCGCCACUUCUGCAAGCAGGCGGAGUAUGUGGUCGAAUACCUCGGUGUCGCCAAGAAGCUACAGAACCUGCUCAACGUUCCGAUCCCCAACCUCAAGCACGCGCCCGUAUCACUGGUCAAGAGUCUGGAGGAGUACCUUAACGACCCCAACUUCGAGCAGAACCGCAUCGAAUACAAGGCGAACAAGGAUGCGGCCGACCGUAGCGUAAGGAACGGGACUACCGCCCCUUCCAAGCCUGCAGAGUCCGCCCCGCAACCUUCGUCGUCAACGAGCGAGCCACCGAAGACGGAAACCAAGGCCUUCGCAGACUUUUUCUCGGCGAUCGAGGAGGAGCAGACGCCAAUGUUCAAUCCUGCGACGAACAGCCCAACGAGCAACUACUUCGCACAACAAGCCGGUUUCAAUCCGUUCACUGCUCAACCUACCGGCUUCCAGCCACAACCCAAUGGAUACCUGCAGCCGCAAUUCACCGCCGUACCGGGCGCCUUCGGUCAGCCACAACAACCGUUCGGGCAGCCAAGUGGUCUUUCGCCGUUCGCUCAGCAAGCGUUACAGCCGCAGGUCACCGGGAACCCCUUCCGCCCUCAGACGAUGGUCUUCCCAGACAGUACCGGUUUGCCUUUCGGCGCGGGCGGCUCGAAUCCAUUCCCCCAGCAACCGCAACAAACCGGUCUCAACCCGUUCCCGCAACAGAAUGGCGGCAAUCCAUUCCCUCAACAGAAUGGCUCGAAUCCCUUCCCUCAGCAGAACGGUGCGAACCCCUUCCCUCAACAGAAUGGCGGAACGAACCCAUUCCCCGGACUCGCGCCACAGCCGACGGGCAAUCCCUUCCCUCAGCAACCGACGAACAACCCUUUCCCGUCCCAACCCACCGGAUUCCAGCCACAGACCAACGGCUCCAACCCCUUCCCUUCCUCCCUCUCUACCUCGGGCUUUUCCAACAACCCAUUCCCGGCCUCACAGUCGUCGAUUGCACCUCAGGCUACCGGCUUCAACCCUUCCGCGCUCGGCGGCGGUAUUGCGCGUCCGGCGUCUGCACCAUUGAAUGCGUUCGCUAAGCCGUCCAGCCCGCCGCCACAACCUGUAAAGACCCACGCCACCGGCAGUCGGAAUCCUUUCGGCGCGCCGAAAGCGCCCAGUCCACCACCUGUACCGAAGGCGCCGACGCUAUUCGAGCUCGGUCAGUCGAAGUUCCAGCAGUAUCAUUCACAGGGCCCGCCCGGGCACGGACAACAGCAGCAACAGCAGCAACAGACACAACAGCAGCCGCUGCAGAGCCAGCCAACGGGCUUCGUGAGCUCGGGUAUUGGCAGCAUCGCGAGUUCGUUCCUUACCGGCGCAGGUGGCGCAACAGCCGCGAAACCCGACGAGCCGACUGGGAGCACGGUUACCACUACGACUGGUGCGUCGCUCUUCGGCGUCGGAAGCGCUCUCUCGAGUCAGGGCACUGGCGCGACAUCGCUGUUCAGCACCAGUACAGGUGCAGGAGCGUUCGGUUCGGGUGCAGGGUCUCCCGCGAAUGGGUCAAGCUCGCCCCCACUCCAGCCGCAGAGUACGGGAUUCACAGGGCUCAAGGCGUUCAAGCCCACUUCGUCGUUCGGAGCGUCGCUGCUUGAGAGUCUGCCGACUAUUCCGCAGAGUCAACCCGCUACGCCCGCCGCGCAGAGUCCACCUGCAGCUGGUGGCGGUGCUACUUCGCCAUCGCCGUUCGGGCUUGGAGCUGGCUUGAACGGUGGCGUCAACUCUAGCGCGAGUUCUCCGGCUUUGGGCAGUACUCUUGGUGUUGGACUUCGCCCGCAAGCGACGGGACUUGGUGCGGGUGGUGUGGCGAAUCCGUUCCGCGCGAGUAUGUUCCCCGCCACGGGAGGUGCUGGAGGUAGCACGGGUGCAUCGCUGUUCUCGCAGCCGACUGGGUUGCCUAACGGCUCUUCAUUCGGUGCGGGUGCGAGCGGGCUGGGAACAGGCGCUGGUGCGGGUGCCUUCGGGGCAGGCGCGGGCGGCUUUGGGGCGUCGCUGUUUGGACAGCAGGGUCAGCAGCCACAACAGCAGCAGCAACAACAGACGCAGUCGGGGUCGUUGAUUUGA